AUGUCGUCUUCCACCUCGUCAUGCCUUGACGUCGAUGAGACUACGCCCGCCGUUAUUGAAUGGGAACACGAUGGCGCAACCCAUUGUUUCUCGAAGCCCGAUCCAAAGAUCGACAGCAUCAUGCUACGAAUUUACCUGAGCGGAUUGUGCGCAACUAUCGAGCUGAGAUUUCCGAUGAACUUGAAAGGAGUCGAGGGCAUCUCAAAUGUUGCUAUCUCCAUCGAUCCCUCUUCCAUCACAUCGUUCGACUUCGCUUUUGCUUCAACGGCACCGGGAGCGGUACAAGAGAAGUUCAAGUGCCCCGUUGCACGUCUGAAGUUCCAAACAAACAAGAACGUUCGGCUCUUUGUUCCCACCGCUGCCAAAGAGCCGUUGGCCCCCAGCCGAACACAGUCAGGCAAGGUCUUGGAUGCUCUUCGUAUGCUCUCUGCCGCAACCUCAUUCAGUAUUCACGUCGAUGCUACAAAAUUUUCCAAAGCCGAGCUUCAGUCCAUCAGCGACGCCGUGAAACAAACUCGCUUUGCGUCUUCCCACGACAAGCAUCCUUCUGCAAACACUGAGACCAAGGUCAUCGAUCUCUCCCCGCAAGACGACGCACCGCCGGCCUAUGACGAGACUGGGUCUCCACCGCCAGCUCCCCCAAUCAAUGAGAGAAAGCGCCGCCGCAUUAGCAGCCCGGACGAGGCACGAGACGAACUUGCUCAAAUUUGGGCCGAGCUCAAGGCGCGGAGUGAAAGGGAUCGACUCGUUCACCAGGAACUCUCUGCCUUGAGACAAGAGAACAGCAACCUCAGAACAGAUCUCGAUCAGCUACGACAGCAAGUCACGACUUUUCGCGAGGAUUUUAGCUCCCUGCAGCGUGAUGUGGAACAGCUCCAAGGCCAGGACAAACACAGUGCUGAUGUUCUGGAAGGCUACGAUACGCGCCUGGUCGAGCUACGAGACGAUCUAGAGGAUCUGGAUGCCAAGGUGGAUUCCAUCCAGGUGCACAGAGACGAAAAUGGAGUAGCGCAGUCAUUCCUCGACAAAGUUCGCAGUGAUGUGUACGAAGAUAUCGUUACACGUCUUACAAGUUGA